AUGGCAGGCCUCACCCCCUCCCAACUCGCCUCCUUCCAGGAAAACGGCUACCUUAUCAUCCCAGACUACCUAACCCCGGAAGAAGUCACCUCUCUCCUCACCGAAACCGACUCCCUCCUCGACUCCUUUCCCCUCGAAUCUCACCCUCUAACGCAAUUCACAACCGGCGAUGAUGAAGACUCCACCCAAGCCCACGUCGGCGACGACUACUUCCUCACCUCAGGCGACAAAGUCCGCUUCUUCUUUGAACCAGACGCCUUCUCAGCCACCCCCGACCCGGAAACCGGGAAACCGACCCUCCUCAAGCCGAAGAAGCUGAGUAUUAACAAGAUCGGACACGCACUGCACGCGCUCUCGCCGCCGUUCGAGAAAGUCAGUCUUUCAGAGCGAAAUGCGGCCAUCGCAAGCUCUCUGGGAUUCCAGGAUCCGCGGGUGUUGCAGAGUAUGGUGAUUUGCAAGCAGCCGUCGAUUGGGGGCGCGGUGCCGGCGCAUCGGGAUUCGGAGUUUCUGUAUACCAACCCGCCUUCGGCGGUGGGGUGGUGGUUUGCUCUGCAGGAUGCGAGGCCGGGGAAUGCGACGUUGGGGUUUUGGAAGGGUUCGCAUCGGGGGAAGAAGGGCGGGGCGAUUAAGAGGCGGUUUGUGAGGAAGGAGAAUGGGCAUGGGACGGAGUUUAUUGAGAAUGAUGGGCCGGGUUUGCCGAGGGGGAUGGAGGAGGAAGAGACGGAGGGACCGACUGAGGAGGAAUUGGAGAUUCUUGAUAUCACGGCUGGGUCGUUGGUGUUGAUUCAUGGGAAUGUUUUGCAUAAGAGCGAGAAGAACACUAGUCCUCGGAGUCGAUAUGCGUAUACCUUUCAUGUUAUCGAGGGAGGUGAGGGGUGGGAUUAUGAUGCGAGGAAUUGGUUGCAGCCACCGGAGAAUGGGGAGGGCUUUUCCAAGCUGAAGUGA